AGUUGAUUCAUCAUAAGCAUGCCGGCAGACUCUGAAGAGGAGGAGGAUACGCUCCCUGUUACGGAGGCACCUGUUGUUCAGACCAUAUCCGCAUCUAAAAAGAGGAGGAAUAAGAAAAACAAAAACAAGGCAGCUGUAGUGGGAGGGGAGGCGGCCUCUCCUGAGGAGGGCGAGGAGAACGUCCCAACUAAUGGAGCCGAUGAGAAGACAGCUACUAAGAAGCGUAACAAGAAGCGUGGUCAUGGUGCUAAGAAGCUUCCCACACACGUACUUCCGGCUCAGGAUAAUUCGGCUCUUAGGUGUCUCGGAGAUUGGAAGGAGAUUACGACGGCCCAGACUUCCCCUCCGACGGUGCAGAUAGAAAAGUUAUUUCCUAAAAAAUCAUUCCCCCUUGGAGAAAUACAGGAAUAUACUGGUUCCAAUGCUUACCGUACCACCUCCGCCGAGAUGAAGGAGGCAGACAAGGUGAUCGAGGAGGACGUCAUAAACAUGCGGGAGGCCGCUGAAUGUCAUCGCCAAGUACGGAAGUAUGCCCAGACCAUCGCGCGCCCUGGUAUUAAGAUGAUCGACUUGUGCCAAGCCAUUGAGGGGAAGACUAGGGAGCUUUUGGGUGCACCUCCGAUGGGCAGUGAUGAUCCUAACUUCCUCGCCAAGGGCUAUGGCUUCCCUACUGGAUGUUCUUUGAAUAACGUGGCAGCCCACUAUAGUCCCAACUACGGUGACAAUACUGUCUUGAAGGAGGGUGAUAUCUGCAAGCUCGAUUUUGGCACACAGGUCGGCGGACGUAUCGCGGAUUGCGCAUUUACUAUUGCCUUUGACCCGAAGUUCGAUCCUCUUAUUGAGGCUACUAAGGAGGGCACCCGAGCUGGCGUCAAUUUUGCUGGUAUUGACGCGAGAUUCUCUGAGAUUGGGGAGGUCAUCCAAGAGGCUAUAGAGAGCUACGAGUUCCUAGAAAGGGAUGGUGCCGAGGCUAUCCCCAUCAAAGCCAUCGAGAAUCUGAGCGGGCACUCACUAGGCAAAUACCAGAUGCACGGCGGGCAGGGCGUUCCCAUUGUGAAGAACGACGAGCCGGGCUGCAUGGAGGAAGGCCAAUUCUAUGCCAUUGAAACUUUCGCGAGUACAGGACGGGGCUACUGUAUAGAAGAGGGCGAAUGUAGUCAUUACAUGCGCACUUUCGAUUUGGACUCCCAUGUUGCAUCGCAGCAACUCCGAUUAAAGGGAGCUAGAGGCCUCCUCCACACGAUUAAUAAGUACUUCAGUACACUACCUUGGUGCCGACGUUGGCUCGAUGAUUGCGGUGCUACGAGGCACCUGUUAUCGUUGAAAUCACUGGUUGAUAACGAAGUCGUUGUACCCUAUCCUCCGCUUGUCGAUGUUAAGGGAAGCUACUCCAGUCAAUCUGAGCAUAGUAUAAUCCUGAGGAGCACAUGCAAGGAGGUAGUGACUAGAGGCGAUGAUUAUUAAUUGCUUGACUAGUAGCUCACUGUUGUUUCCUAUCAU